UAAUCGUAUGUAAAUUCGUAAUUUCUUAGUUUCUCAUUUUGCAGAUACAUAUCUGUAUUAGCUAUUGGUUACAGUUUACACACAAGAUUAGGGAUCCAUACUAGUUUAUGAAAUAAAAAAACGGCUAACAUAAAUAAACCUAACCUAAAAAUUCUGACCUUUCAAAAACAAAACGAAAUGUCAAAAAAUGUAAACAAAUAUUCGUUUUACCACGAAUUUUGAUUUUAGGGGCCAAUGAGGUUUAUGAAAAUGGAAGAUUAUAAAUUAAAACUUAAGAAUAUAAUCCACGACGCACAAUACUGUGGGAUAUGUAUUGAAAAUGACAAUACGAGUAUGAAUGCGAUAGAUGAAGAUUUCGAGAUCAUAGUAAAUCAACAAACUCGGACCAAAUCUUUGGAAACUAUUAUAGAAACCGUGUUUAAAGAGACUGGAUCAAUGCUACCAAGCUCGCUCAUAUGCAACAACUGUACAGAAAAACUAAUUCAAGCAUAUAUUUUUAUUGAAAAUGCAAAAGAAACAUUUAAAAUAAUAAAAAAAUAUAUUAAUGACCUGUUUGACAAAUCAAAUGAUAUUUUAAAUCACAUAUCAGACUUUCAGAAUGAGAGUUCAAACAUUGUGAUAGUAUUAGAAAAUAAUAAAAAUAAAAAUUCUAUCAAAGAAAUUGAAAAUAAUUUCACCAUAAACAAAGGAGAACUUAAAAUAAAAGAAUGUAAAGCACCAGAGACAAUUUGUUCCAAAUUCAAAUGUGCUAACUGCUUUUUAGUGCUACCUUCUUUUAAAUCAUUGAAAUUACACAAAGAAGUAUGUGAGAAACAGACAUAUUUUUGCAAAUUAUGUUCUAAGACAUUUCAGAAUAAGAAAUUAUUGGAUGCACAUAGCAAAAUGCACUCUAAAGUCAGAUGCAAGUUUUGUCACGAAAUCCUACAAGUGAAUCAACUUAUGGACCAUUUGAAAACUUACCAUAGAGAGUCUUUACACAAUUGUUUGAAAUGUAAUGAAGUAUUUUACACCGUAAACACUUUGCAAAGUCAUCUAGAAAACUGUGAAUUUAACAAAGACAAUCAAUGCUUAAUGUGUUUAGAAACGUUUGAAGAAGGAAAACUAAGUUCCCAUACUUGCAAGUUCAGCUGCCCAGAAUGCUCUGAGGUACCGUGCAUGCAUUAUAAGUACUUAGUGUCUUAUAGAGAACAGGUUUUAAAAGACACUGGCAAAGUCAAAUGUCUGGAUUGUGACUAUGUAUGCAGAAAAAAAGAGCUUUUACUUGGCCAUGUGAAUCGAAAACAUUUAAAUCACAAUCCGUUCACUUGUGAUCAAUGCGGGCAGCAGUUUCAUUCGAAAAUGGUCCUUAUGUCGCACAUCCAAAGGUUGCAUGAAGAAUAUUUUGUUUGUCAGUAUUGCGAUUCAGAGUUCUCUAAUCAAGUUUUAUAUGAGACUCAUGUAAAAUCCUGUGAAAGUAUAAAAAGGAGGUUUACUUGUGAUACAUGUCCAGCUUCGUUUGAUCGGUCUGAUAAUGUAUUGGAGCAUAAAAAGCGUAGACAUGGUACAAAUAUUUUUCCUUGUAAUAUUUGCAGUAAACAGUUUGUUAGAGAAUCUAAAAGAAAUGAGCAUAUGGCUAAGGUACACAGCAAAGUUAAGAUGAAGAAUAAAUUGAAUGCAGACUGUGUUGUAUGCCAAAGGAAAUUUGAUUCUAAAGGAGAGUUGGUCCGUCAUAUGAAAUCUCAUGGACCGAACACUAAAUAUCCUUGUAGGAUAUGCAAUACAGAGUAUGGCACUUUGAGACAGUUUAGAGCUCAUAAUCGCAAACACAACGGACCAUUUACCACCUGCCAUAUCUGUGGUAAAGAAAUGAGGGAGAUUCUGCUAAAAAAACACCUACUAACACACUCAGAUACUAUAGAAACCUGCUCAACUUGUGGGAGGUCCUUUGAGAACAUCACUCUAUUAAAAUACCACCAGAAAGUCCAUUUAGAAAGCGUACCAUGCCUGAAAUGUAAGAAAAUGGUGAACCCAGCCAAUUUACAGAGACAUUGGAAGAGGCAUUUGAUUCAAGAGAAUCCUAGUCUACGUAGAAUUGAGAAAAAGCAACCGAAUUUGAAAUGUGAACAGUGUGACUAUAAGACUUGGAAUAAUACUCUUCUAGACUGUCAUAUGAACAGACACCACCUCAAAGUAAAGCCUUAUGUGUGCCAUAUAUGUAGCAAAGAUUUCAUCGGUAAACAUUUACUGAAAAAACAUAUAGAAACACAUAAUAUGAAGAGUGUAACUUGCAUGGUGUGUCUCAAAAGCUUUGCCAAUUCAAUCUGUUUGAAAAUGCAUUUACGUUUGCAUACUGGAGAGAAACCGUUCACUUGUGAAAUAUGUGGUGACCGAUUCAGGUCUUCGAGUAUAAUGAAUGUUCAUAAGUUAAAAAAGCAUUCGGAUAAGAGUAAUGUUUGUCCGUUAUGUUCAAAUAAGUUUCAUACAGUUAGGGAUUUGAGAAGGCAUGUGAUUAAAGUGCAUUGGAAGCAGAAAAAUAAGAGGUUUGACCCCCGAGAGGUAGAGGGGUUGGAUAAAGAGCAUUAUCAUUUGUUUCAUGAUGGUAGAAGGGUUAAAGUAGCUGAGGAAGAUAUUGAUUUUUAUAUGCCUUGUUGAUGUGCAAUACAUUGUUUACAAAUGC